AGGACAGCAGGGAGCGCGCCAGAUCGCUGCAGGCCGGGCUUGAGGAGGCGCGGGGCCAGGCGGAGGAGCUCGCCCUCCAGGCGGCGGCCAGGGCGGCGUCCAGCACCAGGCUGGAGGCCCUGGUGGCCGAGCAGCGCAGGGCCCUGGCGGACGCGCCCUCCGGCUCCGACGUGGCGGACCUCCAGCUCGAGCUCAAGGCCGCCCGGGUCCAGGUCUCGGAGCUGGAGCUGGAGCUGACCAGGGAGCGCGCCGGCAGGGACGGCGACAGGCUCGCCCUGGACGCCCGCGCGGAGGGGCUGAGCGAGCAGCUGCUGGCGCAGCAGCGGCAGCUGGAGGAGGUGCCGCGGCUGCAGGAGGCCCUUUUUGAAGCCCAGCGGCAGCGCGACGCGGCCGAAGCUCGAGCCGACGCCGAGUCGGGCCUCGCAGCCGAGAGGCACGAGGCGGAGUCCCGUGCGGCGACCCUCGAGGCGAUGCUGCAUGCCAACAGCGAGCGUACUGUGAGCCUGUCGGAGCAAGUGGCCGCGUUGCAGGACGCCCUGGCGGCUGCUCGCGAGCGGCUGGGAGC